CUUCACACAAGUCAAGCCCAGCUGUGUCUGCAGGAAGGCAGCAUCGGCUACAUAACCACGCCGGAGAGUAGUGCACUCAACAAGUCUACUAUCGCAGACGUGUUUAGCUGUAGAAUAUGUCUACCUCACGGACAGUCAUAUGUUUGCUGAGAAAUGACUUGCGUCUUCACGACAAUGAGGUGUUUCACUGGGCCCAGAGGAAUGCUGAACACAUUGUUCCCCUGUACUGUUUCGACCCUGGUCAUUACCUGGGGACAGCCAACUACAACCUGCCCCGUACCGGCCCCUUCCGCCUGCGCUUCCUACUGGACAGCAUCCAGGACCUCAGGACCAGUUUGAUACAGAGAGGCAGCACCCUGGUGGUGAGACGGGGCAGGCCACAGGAGGUGGUUGGUGACCUCAUUAAGCAGCUAGGUUCUGUUAGCGCUGUGGCCUUCCAUGAAGAGGUGGUGCCAGAGGACCAGCAGGUGGAGAGAGGAGUGAGGGAUAUUUGUUCUCAGAUGAAGGUUAAAGUUCACACCUGCUGGGGGUCGACACUAUACCACCGAGACGACCUCCCUUUCAACCACCUAUCCAGGCUGCCUGACGUAUACACCCAGUUCAGGAAGGCAGUGGAAACCCAGGGCAGGGUGAGGCCGGUCUUGCCCACCCUAGACCAGCUGAAGCCUCUCCCCCCUGGGUCAGGUCUGGAUGAAGGCCUCAUCCCCUCCCCAGAAGACCUGGAGCAGACAGAUACUGUGAGGGACCCUCGCUCUGCCUUCCCCUGCAGCGGGGGAGAGACUCAGGCCCUGGCCAGACUACAGCACUACUUCUGGGACACGGAUGCUGUGGCUACCUACAAGGAGACUCGUAACGGCCUGAUAGGACUAGACUAUUCCACAAAAUGUUCCCCAUGGUUGGCUAUAGGCUGUAUCUCCCCCAGGUAUAUCUACCAACAGAUCAAGAAGUAUGAGAGUGAACGAACAGCCAAUCAGAGCACAUACUGGGUAGUAUUUGAGCUGCUCUGGAGAGACUAUUUCAAGUUUGUAGGAGCCAAAUACGGAGACAGACUGUUUGACAUCAAAGGCCUUCAGGACAAAUCCAUCCCUUGGAAGAAGGACAUGAAUCUGUUCAAUGCAUGGAAAGAGGGUCGUACCGGGGUGCCGUUCGUUGAUGCCAACAUGCGAGAGCUGGCGCUGACGGGGUUCAUGUCUAACAGGGGUCGCCAAAACGUAGCCAGCUUCCUCACCAAGGACCUGGGACUAGACUGGAGGAUGGGGGCCGAGUGGUUCCACUACCUUUUGGUGGACCAUGACGUGAGCAGUAACUAUGGUAACUGGCUAUACAGCGCGGGGAUAGGAAAUGACCCGAGAGAAAACAGGAAGUUCAACAUGAUCAAACAAGGACUCGACUACGACAACAACGGGGACUAUGUUAGACACUGGAUCCCAGAGCUCAAGGGGAUCAGAGGGGGGGAGGUCCACGCACCAUGGACCCUUAGCUCCGCCUCCCUGUCUCACGCACGGGUGUCCCUCAACGACACAUACCCUUCCCCCAUUGUCAUGGCGCCAGAAUGGAGUCGCCACACCAACAAGAAGCCGACUGGUGCUGGGCCCUCGGCCAGAGGAAAGACUGGUCCAUCCCACACCCCUAAACAACACAAGGACAGAGGAAUAGACUUCUACUUCUCCAAGAGCAAGAACUUCUGAUGGAGCAGACUGACUGAAAAGACUGAAAGAACUGUUGGGCUUCCGCCAGGAAAUGGUUUGACCCAUCCCCGCUUUAUAUGGGUGCAUGGUUUGACCCAUCCCCGCUUUUAUACGGGUGGUUGGUUUGACCCAUCCCCGCUUUAUACGGGUGGAUGGUUUGACCCAUCCCCGCUUUAUACGGGUGGAUGGUUUGACCCAUCCCCGCUUUAUACGGGUGGAUGGUUUGACCCAUCCCCGCUUUAUACGGGUGCAUGGUUUGACCCAUCCCCGCUUUUAUACGGGUGGAUGGUUUGACCCAUCCCCGCUUUAUACGGGUGGAUGGUUUGACCCAUCCCCGCUUUAUACGGGUGGAUGGUUUGACCCAUCCCCGCUUUAUACGGGUGGAUGGUUUGACCCAUCCCCGCUUUAUACGGGUGGAUGGUUUGACCCAUCCCCGCUUUAUACGGGUGGAUGGUUUGACCCAUCCCCGCUUUAUACGGGUGGAUGGUUUGACCCAUCCCCGCUUUAUACGGGUGGAUGGUUGUGUGACAUAUGGUUUUGAGAAGGUACUGCUGUGUGGGUGGGGUGAUACAGACAACUCUUUUGUUUCUGUUUUAUAUUGCCACUGUUUUUAUGUUUCAUAUGUUUUAUCAAUUUCUAUUGACUUGUUACAUCACAGAACCAUUGAGGUAGUACCUAUAUUGGUUGUUUUUUACUCUCUAAAAAAGCAGCCAUAUCUUUAUAAUAGUUCAUAAUAAACAUGUUGAUGCUGGUU